UUGACGCUACAGGGGAAUGCUAGGCUGUGGGAGUGUUGAUGUUUUCCAGUCAGUCCGGCUGACUGGGUUCAAGCUGGAAUCCUGGAGGGGCGGCGUUCUUACUGUCCUGCAACGAUAUCCUUUCACAGCACCUACGCCUGCGAGUCAGCAAUUGGGGAGAAAAGUGAAAAGCAGGACUAGACCAAAGAGAAGGCUGGGAACUAGGGUGCGGACUUUGAAAUCUGAGACCGAGGGCGUAGGAGGGCGAGCACUCGCCUCUGAUUGGCCUGUGGGCGUCGUCGAAGACCCACGCAGCUGUUUCGAUUGGUUGGAGAUCACAAUUGUUGCGCUGGCGACCGGGGGCGAUCUUGCCAACGUACUUCCGAGCGAGGGGCGGGGCUGUGCCCUGGCGCGCGUGCGCAUAGCCUGGGGCCCCACCCGGUAGUACAAGAACCUGCGAGGGGGCGGGGCGAAGAGCUUGUUUUGGUUCUGUUUCCUUUGAAGCUGAAGGCUGGAAGGAACAUAGCAAUAAAGUCGCUGGAGUUGGAAAGAAGGCUACGACAAACUCGCCACAGUAUCUUGGUUUUGGAGUUCACAUCCGGGUUCUUCUCCCAGCGUGAUCCGCGCGUUGCCACUGCCGACAGUUCUCGAACCGGUGCUUCGAACCCUUUAUCCGUGUCUAGCCGUUCCCGUCGUGCUUCGCGCACUAUAGUAGACCCCUCAUCCGGGUUCUCUCCCGGCGUGCCCCGCGCCGGGUUUGCUGCGGGGUACUCGGCGGUGCCGCCAUGACUAUUCUCCCCAAAAAGAAGCCACCACCUCCCGACGCUGACCCCACUAACGAGCCGCCGCCGCCUGGGCCACUGCCCCCGGCGCCGCGCCGCGGCGGGGGUGUGGGCGUGGGCGGCGGCGGCACGGGAGUGGGCGGUGGCGACCGAGACCGUGAUUCGGGAGUAGUGGGGGCCCGUCCUAGGGCUUCGCCACCGCCUCCGGGCCCUCUACCGGGGCCGCCGGGCGCUCUUCACCGCUGGGCUCUGGCUGUGCCGCCGGGCGCAGUGGCGGGUCCCCGGCCACAACAGGCUUCUCCUCCUCCUUGCGGGGGCCCUGGUGGUCCCGGCGGUGUUCCUGGGGACGCGCUGGGUGCAGCAGCGACGGGUGUCGGUGCGGCAGGUGUGGUGGUGGGCGUGGGCGCUGCCGUAGGUGUGGGUAGCUGCUGCUCCGGGCCGGGGCAUAGUAAGCGGCGCCGUCAAGCUCCCGGCGUUGGCGCUGUUGCUGGGGGUAGUCCCGAGCGAGAGGAGGUCGGCGCAGGCUACAAUAGUGAGGAUGAGUAUGAAGCAGCUGCUGCACGCAUCGAGGCAAUGGACCCUGCCACUGUCGAGCAGCAGGAGCACUGGUUUGAAAAGGCCCUACGAGACAAGAAGGGCUUCAUCAUCAAGCAGAUGAAAGAGGACGGCGCCUGUCUUUUCCGGGCUGUAGCUGAUCAGGUGUAUGGAGACCAGGAUAUGCAUGAGGUUGUGAGAAAGCACUGCAUGGACUAUCUGAUGAAGAAUGCUGACUAUUUCUCCAACUAUGUCACAGAAGACUUCACCACCUACAUUAACAGGAAGCGGAAAAACAAUUGCCAUGGCAACCACAUUGAGAUGCAGGCCAUGGCAGAGAUGUACAACCGUCCCGUGGAGGUGUACCAAUACAGCACAGAGCCUAUCAACACAUUCCAUGGGAUACAUCAAAAUGAGGACGAACCCAUUCGUGUCAGCUACCAUCGGAAUAUCCACUAUAAUUCAGUGGUGAAUCCUAACAAAGCCACCAUUGGUGUGGGGCUGGGCCUGCCAUCAUUCAAACCAGGGUUUGCGGAGCAGUCCCUGAUGAAGAAUGCUAUAAAAACAUCAGAGGAAUCAUGGAUUGAACAGCAGAUGCUGGAAGACAAGAAACGGGCUACAGACUGGGAGGCCACAAACGAGGCCAUUGAGGAGCAGGUGGCUCGGGAAUCCUACUUGCAGUGGCUGCGGGAUCAAGAGAAACAGGCUCGCCAGGUUCGAGGCCCCAGCCAGCCCCGAAAAGCCAGUGCUACAUGCAGUUCGGCCACAGCAGCAGCCUCCAGUGGCCUAGAGGAGUGGACCAGCCGGUCCCCAAGGCAGCGGAGUUCAGCCCCUUCACCAGAGCACCCUGAGCUGCAUGCUGAGCUGGGCAUCAAGCCCCCUUCCCCAGGCACUGUUUUAGCUCUUGCCAAACCUCCUUCACCCUGUGCACCAGGUACAAGCAGUCAGUUUUCAGCAGGGGCUGACCGGGCUAAUUCCCCCCUGGUGUCCCUUUACCCUGCUCUGGAGUGUCGGGCCCUCAUUCAGCAGAUGUCCCCCUCUGCCUUUGCAGGUCUGAAUGACUGGGAUGAUGAUGAUAUCCUAGCAUCGGUGCUGGCAGUGUCCCAACAGGAAUACCUAGACAGUAUGAAGAAAAACAAAGUGCACAGAGACCCCCCCCCAGAUAAGAGUUGAUGGAGACCCAGGGACUGGACACCGUCUCCCAACCCCCACCACUCCUGCCCUCUGUUGCCACCCCACCUUUGGCUUUCUUCCCUCUUGGCCUCCUUGGCAUCUUCCCACUGUCCCCUCUUCCCUCCUCCCUCCUCUCCACUUCCCUUUGGCUGGCCCACUCCUGUGCUCCCUCUCAUUGCUGCUGCCACCACCACCACUGCCACCGCCACCUGUCUCUCCGCCAGCUGAUGUGCCCUGUUGCCCCCCCCAUCCCUGAACAGCAUCAUCCCUGCAUUCCACAGGGGACAAGGGCAAGGGUGCCGAAGGUAGGCAAGAGGCACACAGAGACAAACCAACUGGCAGCAGCCAGGCAGUCCCAAAGGAGAGAGACAGAGGAAAGUCUCCCUGCCCCCCAUUUCUUCCAAGAUCAGAAAACUUGUCACCCCUCCCCCACAACAACGCCUGGGAUGUGGGAGGAAGAAGUGGAAUAUUUCCCUUCCAAGUACCCCAAGAAUGUCUGAGCCUUCAAUGUUGAAUUUUUUCUUUAUUAAAAUGAACUUUUAUCUUAUAAAAUCAACCAGUCAAAAAUUAUAUAGACAACAGCAUUGGCACUGUGAAGGUGGCAUCUCUCUGGUUUGGGGGCAGGCAGGCUAUGGGGCAUGGAGGGGGUACAAAGAUGUGGGUUGCCGUCUUAUGGCAUCUAGCUCUAUGGAGGUGGGCAGAGGGCCUAGGGUGUGAGCUGGGGAAGGGGGCAAGGGUGGCAGGUGUCAGACCAGCUUUGGACAGAUGAGACCCUGACCUUGCUGCAUUCCUUUUGCUUCCACCACCACCACUAGUCUCUUUCGGAAUCUUGGAGUGGGGAGCAUCUUUGGGAUCAUGCCACCACCCAGGAUUUCAGUGUAGGGAGUGGGAGCAGCCUUGGCAGAUGGGGCACCCGUGCCCUGCAGGUGUUGACAAGAUCAGCCAUCUGUAAUGUCCUUGGCACAAUAAAACCAAAUGUCAGUUUC